AUGGCCGAGGACCUGAUUGCAAAGUGCGCUAACCUUAACAUUGAGGAUGAGGAUGGCGAGACUGUGGAUUGUGGUACAAUUGAUUCUUCGGAUAGUGAUGCUAGGGUUUCCCUAAUGCUUGUGGGGAAAUUAUUGACAGACAGAGGAGUGAAUAUUGAAGCGUUCAAACGAACGAUUACCCAAUCCUGGGGAAUGAAGGGAAAGGUUGUGAUUAGGGCAAUUGGAGCGAAUUUUUUCGGUUUUCAAUUCUUUCAUUCGAGAGAUAAGGAGAAGGUGUUGUUGGGAAGGCCAUGGUGCUUCGAACAGAGCCUGUUGAUUCUCAAUGAAAUUAAAGGGAAUGAACAACCCCAAGACUUUGCCCUAACCCACUCUCCGUUCUGGAUUCGUCUCGAAAACCUACCUUUUAAUUGCAGGUCUGAAGAACAUGCAAGGGUAAUUGCGAGUAAGUUAGGGGAAAUCGUUGAGAUUGAGUCUGAUGUUUUGGGAAUUGAUAAGAACCGAAGAGUGAAGGUGAUGCUUGAUGUAUCAAGACCGCUGCGUCGAUAUAUAAAUGUUAAGAAUAGGGAAGGUUCGAUUAUUAAGAUGAACCUGAAAUAUGAACGUCUUCCCUUCUUUUGCUUCAUGUGUAGAGUGAUGGGGCAUAAUGAGAAGGAUUGUGUAAAUGUUCCGGAGGAUCUUCAGCACCAGGGUCUGGGGUGGGGCUCAUGGCUUAAAGCUUCCCCUAGAAGGGGUAGAAGAGCUGAAACUGUGGAGGUGCAAGAACUGAGUGCUACGAGGAAGCUUUCUUUUAUCACUAAAGAUUCGCUUUUGGCUACCUUGGAGAAUUCGAAGUCAGUUGGGAAGAUGGUGGUGAAUGUUGACAUUGGUGGAGAUGGGGGGGAUUAG